AUGGCCGUCGACUUUGUCGGCAUAUGCGUGUACGCGGACGACGAGCCCGGCUGCGCACUGCUGCUGGCGAUGCACGGCGACGGCGCCGCGGCGCUCGAGCGGCACACAGUCAUGCGGGGGCCCGCUUGGAGCGCGGCCCGGCUGGCAGGGGAGGGUGCGCCCGCACUGGAGUGCAUCAGAGACGUGGCGGCCACCAAGCCGGAGGCGCCGCUGGCGCCGGAUGUUCAGCUGUUGCAUGCGCAGGCCGGCAUCCGCAGCUUCGUGUCCGUCGCGAUCGGCCCCGCCGGUGACCCCUUCGGCACGCUGCUGCUCGGGCGCCGCCAGCCCAACGCGUUCGACGACCACUGGUCUGCGAUCUGGCCCACGGCGGUAGCGACGGGCCUGCUGUGCCACGUGCGGCCGGCGCCGGUGGCGCGCGCGGUGCGCAUGCUGCGGACGAUUGACGAGGCAGCCGACCCUGUCUCGGCUAUCAGCGCCGCUCUCCAGAGCGGCGCCCGCUUCAUGCGCGACACCACAAACAUCGCGAUGGGGGCCCGGCUGGCCCUGCUGGAUGGCCCCUCAAUGGGAUCCGCACUCAUAUUUGAGUCCGUGCGCGCCGACGCGGCCGCGUCGCGCACGCCCGCCUGCCGGCUGCCCGCGGGCUCCGCCAACUCCUCCUGCCGCAGCGUCUUGCUGCCGGCCGACCCGGCCGCUGACGUCACCGUGCGGGAGCUGCCGCUGAGCAACACACUGCUGGCCAGCGCGGUGUCGCUGCGAAAGGCGCGCUUCGUGAAGGACUGCGCCUCGUACAUACAGAACUGCCCCACCCCGGCGCGCGACGUCUUCACGCACGCGUCGCACCUCGUGUCGUCGCUGGUGGUGGUGCCGCUGCUGGUGGAGGACCGGGCGCUGGGGGCGCUAUACUUCACGCAGGACGCGCCCUGCGACUUUUCAAACAUACAGGACGCACUGCUGGGCUUUGUGCAUGCGGUGACCCCCACGCUGCACAGCAAGCUGUCAGGCCAAAUGGCGGAGCUCAGGGCCCUCAUGACAGAGGUGAUCAGCCGCCGCCGCAGCAGUCUUGGAACCUCGGCCGUCCAAAGCUCCGACAAGCUCUUGCGCCACGCCCCUGGCGGCGGCGGCGCCAACAGCGGCGGCAACAGCGGAUCGUCCGAGGCAACCUCGUGCGAUCUGGAGACCCACGACGCUGACGUCACCAUCAUCGCCUCGGCCGGCCCGCCGUCGAGCGCCAGCGCGCGGCUGUCCAAGGUUAGCAGCCGCCAGCUGUGCACCGAGGCGAUGCUCAAGGUGCUGCAGCAGGAGAUACGCAAGGGGCGGCGGCGCAGCGCCGAGCUGGCGGCGUGCGCGGACCUGGUCACGCGAGAGCUGAUCGGGCGCGGCGGGUUUGGCUGCGUGUACAAGGGCACGUGGCACACGAUCCCCGCGGCGAUCAAGAUCAUGAACUGCCGGAAGACCAACAGCGAGGCUGUGUCAGACGCAAUGGAGAUGGCGGUGCUGUCCAACCACGACUCUCUUGAAAGUUGCGCGUCGGCCGCGUCGCACGCGCCGUCGGCGGGCGCCGUCGCGCGUCCGAGGUUCCGGCGGCUCAUGCCGGGGGAGGGCGCGGAGGACACCUACAAUAUUGUAGUGAUGGAGCUGUGCGAUAGGUGCGGGGUUUAG